AUGGCAGAGGGGCCACAAAUGAGGCGUCGCUACGCCGAUCCUCAGGGAGGAAGCUUCCAGCCUCGCAAAGCUACAACGGAAGCGGCAGACACACAGUCAUUGCAGCAGCAGCAGCAGCCACUGGGGCAGCAGCAGCAGCCUCAGCAGCAACGGCAACAGCAGUACGAGCUUCCUCAGCAGCAGCCUCAGCAGAGACACUCACAGGGAGUUAGCUCUCAGCAGCAGCAGCAAGCCAGUUACAAUGGAACGGCGUUAGCGAGUGGCAGACUGGGGGGUGCUGCACAUGCGAGGGGUACUCCUGUAUGGCCUCCUGGUAUGCCUUUGGAAAAGCCUGGCGUUUCGGGGGAAUACUUUGAAGAGAGGCAGGGAGGUGUGCGUCAUCCUGGUGCUCCUAUGGGGGCGGCUUUUCCUGGCUCGCAUUGUUUAAGAGCGGCGGAGGGAAAUUUUAACGCUUUAGGUGCUUUCCCAGGGGGAACCCCCUUGGUACUGCCUGAGGGGCAGUUGACUGGCGAGAUGCAGCGCAUGCAGGAGGCUGCCAGCCUUCCUGCUGGUGGGGCGUUCUCCUUCAUGAACUUGACGCGGCUUUUUUCUUUUUCCCAGCAACGGGGAGAAGCUGUCAGCGGCGCAGCGGCUGUAGCAGGUGCAGCAGCGGCGGCGUCGCAGGAUGACUCCGAAGAUCCCUUCGACAGCGAACCUCCCCUGCUAGAAGAGCUGGGAAUACACCCCGCAGACAUUUGGAGUCGUACAAAGGCGGUACUGCUUUUCAGCAAAGCAGAUCACGAUCUGCUUGCCGACAGUGAUUUGUGCGGUCCCAUGUUGAUUGCCAUAGUUCUCGCCGUCCUCCUUUUCCUCGGUGAAGGCGUGGAUCUGUAUCGCACGGCAUCCAUUUUAGGAUACUCUUUGAUACCAGUCGCUGCUGCAGCAUUUGCUGCGCUCUUCUUGGAGAGUAGGCCCCUCCUGCGGCUUGCGAGUGCUGCACUCGGUGUGGCGUGGGCAACCUUUACUGCUUCUUCCUUCUUCGAAUCGCGUGCCUCUUUUGAAGCCACGUUCGGAGAGGACGCUGAGUGUAAUGCAGAUGCUAAUGCCAGUGCGUUCUGA